CUCUGCCGGCGGCGAAAGCGGCGACACACUCGUUUCUACUAUAGCGAGCGAGCCGAGCACGGCAGUCAGUGCCUCUCAGGGCCCCGCGCCGUCAGUCUCGUUGGGGUUGUAUCGUGUGAUCGCGUCUUUCUCUCUCUCUCUCUCUCUCUCUCUCUCUCUCUUUCUCUCCCUCUCUCUUUCUAUCUAUCUAUCUCUUGUUCUCCGUCUUUCUGUCUUUCUCUCUCUCUCUCUUUCUUUCUUUCUUUUUCGAUCCGUCCGUCUGUCUUUCUUCUCCCUCUUUUCUCCUGUCUGUCAAUCCCAUUCUCCUCUCGUCUACCUCUCUCUCUCUCUCUCUCUCUCUCUCUCGUUUGCUCCUAUUCGAUUAUAUAUCUCUUUCUCCUUCCUUUUCUUUCUCCUUUUUCUCCUCCUCCACCUCCUCCUCUUCCUCCUCCUCCUCCUCCUCCUUCUCCUCCUUCUCUUUCUCCUCCUUCCUCUUUACCCUUUUUUUCUCUCUUUCCACGUACCUACCUACAUAUUUGAUUUUUUCCCUUCCUUUUCUUCCUUUCCUUUUUUCCUCCUUUCUUCUUCUUCUUUUUUCUUUUUUCCUUUUUCUCUUCCGUUUCUUUUUCAUUUUCUUAUUCGACUGGUACGACUACACGCAUCGAUCACCAUCAUUGUAUACCUACGAGAGAGAGAGGAUACGUUACCUCCUCCGACGGUCGUCGUCGUCGUCGUCGUCGUCGUCGUCGUCGUCGUCGUCGUCGUCGUCGUCGUAGUAGUUCUUACACCGUAAGUUCUUACUCGUUUUACGCGAUUCGUCAAAAACAUCGCGUGUGAGACACGUAUCUAAUAAGACGAUAAUAAACGAAGAGAAACGUAAAUCGUGUUGGGAUCUUUCUCUUUUUCUUUUAUUUUUCCUUUUUUCUUUUCCCUCUAUUUUAAAGGGAUCGUUGUUAAUGUGUCGUGACGGUUGUUGUUUGUUUGUUUUCUUUUUCUCCCUAUCUCUCUCUUUCUCUCUUUUUUCGACACCGGUGUGCUCUCAAUUAGUAUAGCCUGUCUAUAGGUAAUUGUGAUAAACGUCGAAGAAAGAAGAAAUCCUUGUUAAAGAGAAGAAAAAAGGAUAACUUGGUGAAAUUAAGAAUACAGGGAAAAAAGGGAUAUACGAUAUAAAAGGACUAAAAAUUGGACAUAGACACUUGCUACGAACUCGAAGGACUACCACGAGAGCAACGUUUGAACGAUAGGAUAUUUUUUUUGGUGUGUGCGUGCGUGCGUGCGUGUGUUUGUGUCUGUGUCUAGAUUAUUAAUGAUAGAACAACCGAGACGUUUAACUUGAUCAGGCUAAAACACGAUCGCAAAAUGGCGCUGGUCGUCGCGAAUAUUUUUCCUUGUAUUCCUUCGUUAACGAUCUCGCGAUAAAAUAUAACCAUAUCUCUCUCUAUCUAUCUAUCUAUCUAUCUAUCCAUCUAUCUAUCUAUCUAUCCAUCCAUUCACCCAUCUAUUCAUCUACCUAUCGUCUAUCUACCGAUGCUCCAAAUCGAAUUCUAACGAUCUUCAGAAGCGUCUAAGAAAUUCAAUUAAUUCAAAUCGAACGAACGUUCGAUAUCUAAAAGAAAAAGGAUCGUCGACGUUAAAUCGUCGGGGUAGAUCAUUGGAAUAGUUUCUUGGAAAGAAAUUUUCAAGGAUACGUGACAUACGAAAGAUAGAAAAAUUCGUAAGAAAGAAUUUGAGGGAGGAGUUACGGGAGCAAGAAAAACAGACGUGGAAAAAGAAGAGGAGGAGGAAGAAGAAGAAGAGAAAGAGGAAGAGGAAGAGGAAGAGGAAGAAGUGGGAGAAAUAGAAGAUUAGAAAAAGUACACCGCUUCGGCCGGUGGUUUUAAAAGCCUUCAAGAUUGCUCGAAAACCGUCGCGCGAUUCGCGCAGGGUUGGACGAACCGCGGAAAUACGGGGUGCGUGGGCAGCUAUGCAAAGGGCGGUCGCUGGCGGAGGGCCCGGGCCCUUAGGUCUUCAGGGCCCUCCAAGGUCAGUCAAAAUAUCACCAGUGAACAUUCAGGACGAACCCGGUGACCCGACCUCGCAAAAAGGUCGUAGCUCGCAUUGCGUUGGCUGCGGUGGACGAAUUCACGAUCAGUGGAUAUUGAGGGUGGCACCUAAUCUCGAGUGGCAUGCUGCCUGUUUGAAGUGUGCCGAGUGUCAACAAUUUUUGGAUGAACAUUGCACCUGCUUCGUUCGCGACGGGAAGACGUACUGCAAGGGAGAUUACGUCAGACUGUUCGGGACAAAGUGCGACAAGUGCAGUCAGUGUUUCAGCAAGAACGAGUACGUGAUGAGGGCAAAGACCAAGAUCUAUCACGUGAAUUGUUUUCGUUGUUCAGCUUGCAUGAGGAAGCUUUUACCGGGCGAUGAAUUCGCCCUGAGACAGGACGGAUUAUUUUGUUUGCACGAUCACGAAAUAGUAGAAAGUGGAAAAUUUUGUCCUACUGGGGGUGUACCGGGCAGUGAGAACAACAACAACGCUUCCUUAACAAAUAACAAUCAUCAUUUGCAUCCAAACGACGGAUCGAUGUCAGACUCUGGAUCGGAGAGUGGUUCUCAUAAAGCCGGCGUAGGUGGUGCACGAGGAACCGGAAGUCACAAGAGCGGUGGCGGUUCCGACGGUAAACCAACUAGAGUACGUACGGUUUUGAACGAGAAACAACUUCAUACUUUGAGAACGUGUUACGCUGCAAAUCCAAGACCAGACGCAUUGAUGAAGGAACAAUUGGUCGAGAUGACUGGAUUAAGUCCAAGAGUUAUCAGGGUAUGGUUCCAAAACAAAAGAUGUAAGGAUAAGAAGAAGACGAUAGCAAUGAAACAACAAAUGCAAGAGAAGGACGGACGUAAAUUGGGCUUCGGCGGUAUGCAUGGGAUACCAAUGGUGGCGAGUAGCCCUGUUAGACACGAAAGCCCCAUCGGCAUGACACCUCUAGAAGUGCAAGCCUAUCAACCACCUUGGAAAGCUCUAUCGGACUUUGCCUUACAUACGGAUCUCGAUAGGUUGGAUCCUAAUGCACCAGCUUUUCAUCAUUUGGUCUCCCAGAUGCAUGGUUACGACAUUCACGGAGGAGCACCACCACAACUUCCACCUCCAGGAAUGCUCGGGGGUCCAAUGAACGACGGUGGUGGCGGUGGAGGUGGUGGUCCUUUACCUCCACCAGGUCCUCAUCAUCCUGGAGGUGGUGGUCCAGAUAUGGGACAACAUCCUGAUAGUACCGAUAGUUACGUCACUUACCUCGAAAGUGACAGCGAUUCGUUACAUCACGAUACGGGUAGUCCAUAGUGUCGUCGUACCUAUCGUCUAUGGCUCGCACAUGGCAAGGCUCAACGUCUAGCACAGUUCAAGAUAAUGAUCGACGUAUUGUUGAUCGUGACCUUAAGAUCUCUCCAUUGACGAGAAAUAAGCUCGAUGACGAGCUAUGACGAGAAGAUAAACAGGAGACCUGUGAAUGAA